GAAUGAAUUGUUAUGUCUCAUUAAUAAUAAUUAUUCCUUAGAUUUACUUUCAGGUAGAAUUAUGGCUAGUGCUUUCCUUGCUAGCUAUUUAGAGAGCAUUGAAUCAGUGCCUGGGGAAUUGCAACGAAACUUUAAUAUGAUGCAUGAUCUUGAUAAAAGAGUUCAGGACCUUAUGAAAGAAAUAGAAACAAUAUACAGUCAGUAUAUUGAAAAGGCAGGUGAGCUGGAAAACUCAGAGAAAGCAAAAUAUCUUUCAGACAUUCGUCAGAAGUUCGAUAAAUCAAACACAUUCAGUGAUGACAAAGUUCAACUUGCAAUGCAAACUUAUGAAAUGGUAGACAAACAUAUCAGAAGAUUAGAUACUGAUCUGCAGAGACUGGAAGCAAAACAGCGAAAUCAAGACAAAAAAUCAGACUCUCGAAUGUUUGUGGACAAAACGUCAGACAAAAAGAAAAAGAAGAAAGGAUCACAACCUCAAACCCCAGAACCCACUACCUCGUUACCAUUUUCACUCAUCAGUGGGCAGGGUGAAGGUCUUGACAUGCCAGUUGAUCCAAAUGAACCUACUUACUGCUUGUGCCAUCAAGUUUCCUAUGGUGAAAUGAUAGGGUGUGAUAAUGGGGAUUGUCCUGUGGAAUGGUUUCAUUUUGCUUGUGUUGGAUUAUCUGCUAAACCAAAAGGGAGUUGGUUUUGUCCCCUAUGCUCUAAGGAAAUGAACAAAUAACGAAUAAUUGAGGCUGGAUGUUGUAAAAUAAUGUGUGUUCCCAUCUUUCUAAAAGGUGUGAAUUGGUUGUGAGCACCUCAGCUGAUGUUGUACCCUCAGAUGUAAUUCAAGCACUUGAAACUUUUUAAUUUAAUGUUCAUUAGUUUUAAAUGUAUAAAUCAAAAAUACUAUUUGUUCAAUACUAAAAGAUUCCUAUGUAAUUGAUGGAAAUAGUUGUAUUUCUUUCACCUGGUGGUAAGAAUAAUUUAUAGAUUUUUACAGUUUUAGUACAUGCAUUAAUAAAAUGUAGAUUCAUCACAUAUUGGAGAUUUUCAGAAAACUGAUUACAUACCUGAAAGCAGAUGAAAUAACUUGAUCAUAUUAUGUUCAGUAAUUUCGAAUUUUUAGGAGUGAAAAAAGACCAAUUUUUCUAGGUUUUGCAAGUUUUUAGCAGAAAGUAAAUUCAUUGGAUUGUUACAAUGUGAAAACUAGACUGAUUUAUAUAAAUUAAGUUGGUAGAUCUUAUUUUUAUCUGUCAGGUUUUAAAAUUUUAAUGAAGGGUUUGAAAUUAGAAAAAUGUAUACUGUUCUGAUGCUUAGGUUUUGAUUAGAUUACUUAACUUUCAAUAAAAUUUCCAGUCUGCAAAUUGAUAUUUACAAGUAAAAUAUAAUCUGCCAUUCAAAAUGUGCCAUACGAAUUUAUUUCUAUAUAAUUGUACUAUAGUGUUGCGUUUUUAAUCCAGUAUAAGCUACAAGAUCACAAUAAUAUCGUGACCAUUAUUUAAGACAGAUCUUGCAAAAAUAUGGCUGAUAAGAAGUUUGUAAUUUUGAAUUGUUUCUUACUGUUGGUAGUAUAUUAUGAUAGACUUCCCCACUUGUA